UUCCGGCGACCCCUGGGCUCCCUGCUCCGCAUCCUUCUGGGGGAGGAGUCCAGGGCGUAAGGAGGCGGAACGUGGGCCUCGCCCCUUCCCCACGUCGUGCGUACCGGUGACUGGCAGCGUCUCUCUAGUGCUGCAGAGACUACAGCUUUCAAGCUUUGGGACUUGUACACUUCGCGAACCUAGGUUCUCGCUUUCUGCAGGGAUGCCGAAGAUCAAGUCAGGGGCGAGCGGCUGCCGCAAGCGACAGGAACAGCGCCGGGAGCUAAAAAGCGCCGGAGGACUCAUGUUCAACACGGGAAUUGGGCAACACAUUUUGAAAAAUCCUCUCAUUGUUAACAGCAUUAUUGAUAAGGCUGCCCUAAGACCAACUGAUGUGGUGCUGGAAGUUGGACCUGGAACUGGCAACAUGACUGUAAAGUUGUUAGAAAAGGCAAAAAAGGUAAUUGCCUGUGAACUUGACACAAGGCUAGUAGCAGAACUGCACAAAAGAGUUCAGGGCACACCUCUGGCCAGCAAACUUCAAGUUAUGGUGGGUGAUGUGUUGAAAACAGACUUGCCAUUCUUUGAUACUUGUGUGGCAAAUUUGCCUUAUCAGAUCUCUUCUCCUUUUGUCUUCAAGCUGUUGUUGCACCGACCUUUUUUCAGAUGUGCUAUACUUAUGUUUCAAAGAGAAUUUGCCCUCCGACUGGUUGCAAAACCUGGAGAUAAGUUAUACUGCAGACUCUCAAUUAAUACACAGCUAUUAGCACGAGUGGACCAUCUAAUGAAAGUUGGAAAGAAUAACUUCAGACCACCACCCAAGGUAGAAUCCAGUGUUGUAAGGAUAGAACCCAAGAAUCCACCACCACCUAUCAAUUUUCAGGAAUGGGAUGGCCUAGUAAGGAUCACUUUUGUAAGGAAAAACAAGACAUUAUCUGCUGCAUUUAAAUCAAGUGCAGUACAACAGCUGUUAGAAAAAAACUACAGAAUUCACUGUUCACUCCAUAAUAUUGUAAUACCAGAAGAUUUCAGCAUAGCAGAUAAAAUACAGCAAAUCCUAACCAGCACAGGUUUUAGUGACAAACGGGCCCGUUCCAUGGACAUAGAUGACUUUAUCAGAUUGCUACAUGGAUUCAAUGCAGAAGGUAUCCAUUUUUCCUAGCUAUUUGGAAAAUAAUUUUGUCAAGGUCAAGAAAAAUUAAUUCUAGAUUUCUAAUAUUUGAGAAGACAAAUUCUGCUUUUGCUCAACUGGAACAUUAUUUGCUUGACUAUUUUUGUACUGUUAUUUUUUAUUUUUAAGGCAGUAACAAGUCUUAUUUGUUUUGAAUGUAAUACACGUGGCAGGGUUCAAUCUAUACACAGUAUCUUCAAGUUCAAGAGCCGCAGAUACGCACAACCUUAAACUUACCAUUUCUAGCAGUUUAUCGUACAUCUCUUUACCAUGUCCAUACUGUAAAGACCUUUUUAGGCCAUCAGCACUGUUCCUCAUAAGUGUGUUCAAUUAGUCACAUAUUACCUAUCCAUUUCUUAUUCACAUGUACAAUAAAAUAGUUGUUUCUUAAAA